AAGUUUAGUUUCAGUCAAUAACGUUAUUGCAUAAUCUAGUAGUAAAGGAACAUUACAUUGACUAGUUAAUAAAUUGUUUAACGUAGUUUGACCAUUCUAAAGGCACUGGCAAUCUAACCUGUCUCAACAUUUCGACACUGUCAAUGCAGUCGGUUUUAACUUCCGUGUGAUGACGUGGAUGUAAACAAAAAGUCUUCACGUGCGAAGGACCCCAUAUUGGUAUCUAGAUUCGCUCCCUGAUGCAAAUGCUUUACAAUUGUACUUACACAAUGCUUUGUUUGAGUUGGUUCUGUCCAGUAGCACUAUGAGGAUGAUUCUUAAAGAUAAUUGGUUUAAUCUGUAAUUUAUAAUUCAGAACGAAUACCUUUUUCUAAUGGGUGGUUGUGUUAAUGACAUUUCUUCCCGUAAAUGGAUCAGUUAAAAUCAAGAUAAUAAUAUCAACACUCUGCAUUCAUAAUCCAUGUUUAAAGCCAUUGUCAUGUUGUUGUUGAUGGAGCUUAUACGGCAAUGGUUGACUUUAUUGCUUUGAAAGUCAAUCUUUUACUGGUGAUCUUACUGGUCAGCAGAAUGUUAACCAGAGAUCAUCGCUUUUAUACACAGGGUAUGUGGUUUCAUGUGACAGUCACACUGUGGGAGAUAAGGGUCAGACUGAAGUCCCUUCUAAUUGUCACAAACCUUCAGAAUGCUGAAAAUACCAGACGUGCUUUUUCUUCUCUGUGCCCUCGGGGCAGCGGACGCCGUUUACAAACAAUGGAUCCCUGACACCAACUAUGAGAACGAGACCAACUGGGACAAAGGCUCAGUGCCCAGUGGCAACGACAGGGUGCAAUUUUCUGCAUCUAGAAAAGUGUCUGUGUACGUGGAGACUGUCCACUCUGUCCAGGAGAUGAGACUGCCGGUGGAUGGAGAGUUCAUCCUGACCUCAGGAGCUGGCUUCUCAGUGGGAGCCGGUGGCUACAAACCUGGUGCUGUUGUCAAAUUCAAGGAUGUCGAGUCUCUGCAGUGGUUUGAUCCCGCUCUGUGGCAGGCGGCCUCCACAGCAGACGAUUUGGAGAAGGGCCGCUUCCUGUUCUCAGUGCAUGAGGAAAGCAUUCCCUGCCGCUAUGACAACGUGGUGUUCAAAGCCCACUCCUCUUUCCGUGUCGACCUCUCCUCCAACCGGCCGAGCGUCCCCGUGCAAAGUGUGUCGGUUCUGGGAAAGACGUUCAGAAGCAACUCCGAGUUCAGCCGGUACCUGGGUUCUCCCUCGGGCCGCUUGCAGUUCCACGGCUCCUCGUCCAUCAGCUUGGGCUCUUCAGGCUGCAGCGAUGUCUCCGGCUGUGAGUGCGGCAACGCAGCCAGUCUUGAGAAGAUCUGUGGCCAUGUGGAAUGUUCUUCAGUGACCUGUAAGAAGCCAUUACGCCCGGUUGGACACUGCUGUGACGUGUGCGGUGCUAUAGUCACUCUGCAGUACGUCCCUGGAUUCAACCUGGAGACUUACCGCCAGAGACUGAUGCACAUUUUCCUUGGUCUGACGCCAUACAAGUCCAUCCAGCUUGGCAUAUCCAAAGUGGAGAAAUCCCGGUGGUUCCUGGGGGUGUUUCCUCGCCAGGGGGCAGCAGAGAUCCAGAUAGUGUUGAUGGAUGGUGAAACGGGCCACCAGGCUGGUAUGGUUGCUGAGGCUCUUGCCCGUGACAUACUGAAGGAUGCCCAAUCUGCCGGCUCCAACCUGGGUAUAGCUGAGGCUGAGUUCCAGGCAUCCUCGGGGAGUAGCAGCAGUCACGGGUCUGGGCGAGAUACAGGGAUGGUGUUGGGAACCAUAUUUGGGGUUCUGAUAGUGGUGGGAGGUGUGUUCCUUCUAGUAUUCCUAUAUUACAGGGGUGCUAUUAGAGUACCCUCAUUGCCCACCAUCACCAUGCCCUCCCUGAGCAGCUUGAAAAGGAGUAGUGAGAUUGGAGACCUCGGUGGGCCAAUGGACCAUGGUUUUGACAACCCCAUGUUUGACAAGCCCACCGUGAUGCCAGCUGUGCCUGGUCUGUAUGGGGCUGAAAACGCCAACUCUAUCUCCCUCACACAGUCAGGUGUACAUUUUGUAAACCCAGCCUAUGAUGACAGUGAGACUGAUUUCAAUGCUUAACUUUAAUGUAUGCAGUACAAGACUCAUAAUUAGAGUGAGGCGGUCUAAUGUAUAAUGAAGUUCCAUGCUACAGCCUUCAUAAUAAUGGAAUAAUUGUGAUCAUGCCGUGUCAAG